UCGCGGAGAUGAUACGCUACCAGGUGCGGAACGAGUACGGGCUGGCGGAUCCGGACCUGUACGCGCCGGAGGAGGAGGAUGACCCGGAGGCGCUGCUCGAGGGCGUCGCCAUGGCGGGCCUCGUCGGCGUGCUACGACAGCUAGGGGAUCUCGCCGAGUUUGCGGCGGAAAUUUUUCAUGACCUGCAUGAAGAUGUGAUGGCCGCUGCUUCUAGAGGGCAUGGUUUAAUGCUUAGGUUGCAGCAGCUGGAGGCAGAGUUUCCUGCAGUAGAGAAGGCGAUUAUAAUAUCCCAGACUGACCACUUAAACUACCUACACGAUGACGGUAUCGAGUGGCAUGCGAAUCUUCAGCUUAAUCAGAAUUUGAUCACGAUAGGAGAUAUGCCUCGUUUCAUUUUGGAUUCAUAUGAAGAAUGCCGUGGCCCACCGCAUCUAUUCACGCUGGAUAAGUUCGAUGUUGCUGGUGCUGGGGCUUCAUUGAAACGAUAUUCAGACCCUUCUUUCUUUAAGAUGGGACAGACCUCUAGCAUGAUUGAAACAGAUUACUUCAGAGAAAAGAAUCCCCGUAAAGUAAAGAAAAAGGCUAUGCGCAGGAAAGGGGAAACAUUGGAAUCGUUGCUUGUUGCGAAUUCUGAGUCUCAAAUAACUUCCUCAAAAGAUAGAUCUUCUAGAAAAAUUCCACCAAGGACAACAAAGCUGAAACCCAGGCAUCCACAAACUAUAAGCAUUAUCUGCAGGGAACAGUUGGAAGAAGUAAUUUUAUCACAACAAAAAAUCCUGUCAAACUAUUCUGCAAGGUACUACCAUGCAAAUUUUAGGUCAACCGACUCAAGUGAAAUAAUAUCUUCAUGUGGAGAAUUAGACAACUUCAGUGCUGCUGCUCAGUCUUCUGCUAAACUUGAAAUGAAUAAGGUUGUCCCAAUAGACGAAUCUGACAGCUUGGUGACUGCAUCUGCACCCAUUAAUGGGUCGGUUUUCCUCAAGGUAGAUGAUGGUCAAUUUCUAGCAACACAACAUGAACAUGCCGAGAGGGGACAGAUCUGUAAGGGAUCUCUUGUGGAGCAAAAUGACAUAUUCUCAACCUCAGGAAGGUUGCAGGGUGGUACAGAUUUUAAGGAUGAGGAAAGCAAUUGUCAAUUGCAGUCAGUGCGGGAAGACAAACUUCAAUCAGCUGUGGCUCCUGUUAACCAUGACGAUGGCCACUGCAGGCUUGAUGAAGUUGGUAGCGAUCAAGACAACUUUAUUGAUGCUGUUAAUACAGAAUCAGAAAGUGAAACCGACCAUGCCGUGGAAAGUAAAAGGGAUCUCAGUACCAAAAUGGAAGCAAGUAAGUUGAACUAUCAUGGCAAGGAAGUUGAAAGUGCGGUGCAUGUGCAGAUUUCAGAACUAGGUCCUGCCAUAGACCUAUCAUCAGGGUUGAACAAUCCAUGCAAUGGCAGAGAAUCAACCCGUGCAGACUCAUUUUUGCUAAGUGAUUCUUCUCCUUCUGUAGUUUCAGACACAAAAGAUACAGACUCUGAUUCAGAUUCGUGUAGACAAUUGAGUAGUGGUAGCUGGAUCAACAACAGAGAGCCUUUUAAUGAUGUUGAGCUAAUGGAUGUCAGUUCAUCAUCCAGUGUAACCUCUGAUGACAAUGGUAACUUUGAAACCAACAAUGAUCUCAAUGGCUGUAAACAGAACCAGGAGGUUUCUUUUCUCCCUCCCAAUGAUUAUCAUGCCGCUGCUGCUGCCCCUAGUUCUGAUAAAAAGUUAUCCCAGACAUCUAGUUGCUUGGAUGGUUUAGCUACCAGCAGCAGUAAUUACCACGAAAUAGCAUAUCGCUCAGCGGGGCAUGGCGAAAACGAUGUGCUAGAUGGUACUUCUACGAUAUUUGGACAACCUAAUGAUGUUUCACAUGCUGGUGGAGAAAUCAGAGUUCCAGAUGCUGACGACUUGUUACUCCACAGUAGCACACCUAAUCAAGAGCAAAUGCAGUUGUCCAAGGACCAGUUUGAAGAAUGCACAUCUGUAGAUACAGUUGUCCAAGGAACAGCUAGCAAACUUGUAACACUGCCGGACAUGGAUCCUGUUGUGCACAUGAAGGACUUGGAGUUGGACAAUAUUGCAUUUCCUGAAGAAAUUAAUAUGAGUUCAACACUAGCUAGUUUGGAUCCUGAUUGUAUCCACAAGCAUCUUGAUGUUGUACAUUCAAGCAUGCUGAAUAAUCCAUUGUAUGAAGCAGAUCAUGAUGAAAUUGUUGAAGAGUUGCAAUAUUUACCAGCUGAAGACCUAUAUAAGCAUGUUGCAGCAGAUCAAGACAUAUUUACGCUGGAAAAUGGGCCUUGUUCAAUUAGGAUCGACACACAGAAAGAGGAUCCUGAGCAGGCGUCUGUUGUGCCCACACACUUAUCUAAUGUUCAAGCGAUUCCAGGACUUGCUGAAUCUGAAUCAACUCUCCAAGAUGACUCAGAAGCUCAUGUAAAUGAGACGCUUGAACACUCUCCACCGUUGAAUGAUGUUACAAAACCAUCAAUUAUUGAUGCCCCACCAGCUUGUAGCACUGCUCCGCUACUUGGUGCCAGCAAUUCCUGCAUGGAAUACCGUGAAUCAAUUGAGACUGGAAAAGGUGUGGAGCAUGGUGAAGUUCUGGUUGAUGCUGAGGUUGCAGAUGAAUCAGUUUCCAAUAUUUUCGAAGAUGACAUGAUACCUUGGGAAGAGGAGCGUACUGAUGGUGCCAGAUAUACUGAGAAAGCAGAGGUUAUGGUUAUAAAAUCUAGGGAGGAAAACUGUAGGCCUGAUGCACUGUUGCAAUCCAGUUCUCCUUUCAGGGAAGACAUGGAAACAGUUGAAGCUACUUGUGAAAUUGUUGGAGCGCCAGAAGAGUCAAGAGGACAUAUCUAUAAAGAAAGUAUGUUGCAGCCAGCCAUUCUUCAACAGCCCAUUGAAAUAGAAACUUCAGGUGAAACAUUCAGGGGCAGUCAUGAUAUUCAAUACGUUCCAUCAUCGCAUUAUUUGGAAAAAUCUUUUUCUCAAGAGAACUUACCAGAAGAGACCACUCUUAGUGCUGAAGUUUCAUGCCAGUGUGAUUUGAACAAGGACGUUGCAGUAAGCAUGAACAGUAGCAUGGUUGGGGAACAACCAUCACAUGUCGAUCAAGAUUUGGUGAGUGAGUUGUCUGCUCAGGAGUCGUUUGCUACAAACCCAUUCAUGGAUCCUGGGUACAGAGUGAGCUCAACUGAUCCUUCACCCGGUAUGAGCUAUCAACCAUAUUGUUCUGAAGAAGAACAGGAUUUUCUUUCAGAACUUCUAAUCCAACAUGGUCACAUGAAAGCAGAAGAGAACCAGUACCCACUUAAUGAUGAUUCCCUUUGGGAAUCUGCAACUCCACCUGAUGAAGCACCUUUACCGUCUGAAGUUAUGACUGAACAGGAGUUUGGAUCCUUCUGCCAUGAGUACCAUGAGAUGGAUUUUACUACUGCCAACAAAGGUUUUGAUGGCGAACCAUCCUCAGACUCAAACGAUAUUACAAAUGGUUGUGUGGUCAGUGUACUGGACUUCCCUGGUUCUGUCUCUGCGCUGCUAACGGAAUUAGACCAGAAAGCAGAUUGUUAUAAGCCUGAUUAUCAGCUUGCUGAAUGUUCAUCUGCCGGUGAUAUACCAGGUGAGACAUCCAUGCCCUUUUCUGCCAAGGAGGUUCCUGAUGGCAAGACACCAGGAGUGGACUCUGGCUCGAGUUCUGAUGAGUCUCUCCAUGAUGAGGAAAGUCCUGAACUUAUUGCACCUUCUGUCUCAGUGAAAAUAGAGCAGGAACGACAUGCCUUGCAUGGGGUUGUUUCUGAUAAAGGUACUGGUUUGUUGGAUAAUGAAAAGAUUAGUGAAAUAUAUGGCUCUCCUUCAGGCAAAGUUGCUCCAGUGAAAGAAGAGAAGGAAACAUGUGCUGACCUUGUUUCACCUGUUGUCAUUGAUAAAAAGCUAGAUGCACUGGAUGUUCAUUUUAUUAACUCUCUACCACUAGAACCGGCAGUAGGAGCCCAGAGCUUGGAUGAACUGGAUGUCCUUCCUUUGAGCAAACCUGUUCUAACACAGGAAUCAGAUGUUCGUGUCUUAGAUCAACUUGAUUCUGAAACUGUUCCAUCUCCCUCAAUCAGUAAGGCAGGUGACGAUUCAGAUGUCCCGCGUAUGAGGAGUGCUCCAUGUCUCUUAAGUAAUCACGAGGUUGGUGAACUAGAUGGGAUUCCAUCAUCCAAUGUCCAAUUGGAAGCUGAGAACGGUUCCUAUUACUCCCCUGAAUUUGAUUCCCGAAUUGCUCAAUAUUCUUCAGUAAGUGAUAAGAUCGAUGGUCAAGUUGCCGCUACAGAUACCGAGGUAGAACAAAGGUGGGAAGCUUGUGCAUCUCCUGAACCGGGGUGGGAAGCUUGUGCAUCCCCUGAACCGGAUAACCAUCCUUCGAGCAGUGAUCUUGUGGAAAAGGAGGCAGAAGUUUGUGUUCCAGAUGAACUUGAUUCUGGAAUCGCUUCAUGUACUUCACCAGACGAGAAAAUAAAUGAACUAAGUUGUCCUCCUUUGAGUGGUUCUAUGUUAGUAGAAAAUGAGUCUGAAGAUCAUGUUGCAGGUGAUCCUGAUUCCGAAAUCACUCCACAUUCUUCAGUAAAUGAUAAGAUUGUUGGAUCAGGUGCUGCUACAUCAGUAAGAAAUACCGAUGUUGAGCUAGGGUGGGAAGCUUGUUCGUCUCCUGAACUAGAUUCUCAGAUUGAUCAAUGUCCCUUAAGUGAUUAUGACGUUGGUGAACUAGAUGGGACUCCACCAUCCAAUGUCCAAGUGGAAGCAGAGAAUGGAUCCUAUUACUCACUGGAAUUUGAUUCCCGAAUCGCUUCAUAUUCUUCAGUAAUUGAUAUUGAGGUAGAACAAGGGUGGGAACCUUGUGCAUCCCCUGAAUUGGAUUUUCAAACUGCUCCAUGUCUCUUGAGCGAGGACAAGGUUAAUGAAGUAGAUGGACCUUCAUCAUCCAGUGUCCAAGUGGAAGCAGAGAAUGAAUCCUAUUGCUCACCUGAAUUUGAUUCCCAUAUUGCACCCGGUUCUUCAAAUUCUGGUGCACUAGCUGAACGAUCAACAAUGCCUUCUACUUCCCUUAUUCCUGAGGAAAACUAUUGGGAUUCUCCUAUUCCACCACGGACUAAACCAUUUCAGAAUGUAUCCAGUGAAGAUCCUGAGAAACCACCCCCUCUUCCUCCUCUUCAGUGGAGGCUUGGAAGGCCUCGCUUAGGACUUCUGAGUACAAAAGACCGUAUUCCUGAUCCUGUAAUGAGAACAACUUCUCUGCCUGCAUUGAGCCAAGAUAUUGAUAGCAACCUAGGAUCAAUUGACAGAAUGGCAGAACCAGUAGCAUCUGUUUCCUCUCAGGACAACAAAGAGAGGCAUCAGAGCUGUAUGGUAGACGAUAAUGAUCAAAGGGUAGAAUCUGGAAAAUCUUCCACACUUCCAACAGUAGAUGAUGUUGCAAGGGAACAUGACAGACCAUUUUCAGAGGCUUGUGGGAACAUCAAGCAUGAAGAGCCUAUCGCUUCAUCACCAAUGGAGGCUGAAGAACAUCCUAAUACUGACAGUGGGGUCAGUGAACAUGUAACUGACCAGCAUGACCCUCAACAGCACCUCUUAUGUUCAGAUAUUUCAGACAUCACUGAGCAUCUCAGUCAUACAGAUCCAGCUACAUCCGAGGACGGAAAACCGGUAGAUGAGCACAAUGCUGCAGGUAGUGUGCAUUUGCACACAGUUAGCUCUUCAGCACCAGGGCAUAUUUCUGAAAAUGGAAGCAACCAGGGACCUCAGCAUGAUGAAUCAUUCUCAGGGACUUCAGACAAUGAAGAGCAUAGUUCAAAUGCAUUAUAUGAGCAGAACAAUCUGAAAUAUCAGUCGUCUAUAACAAGUGGUGUCCCUUCAGAGACAGCAAAACAUACUGGAUCAAGCUCAGUAUUAGAAGGAGGAAAUAGCCAGAAGAGUCAGUUACAGGAACAUGAUGCGGAGAACCACGAGGGUGGUCUGUCCGAAAUCCAGUCACCUACUGCAGAGCAAACAGUAUCUGAAGAUUAUCCCCAUGAUGAUCAUAAUUUGGGGAGCGAGAUAAUACAUCAACCAAAUCUGUUGUGGCCUAGCAAUACAAAUAAAUAUCUUGGUGGCCUUGGUGAUGGUAGCUAUACACAAGCUGAGCAGCCACCUGUAGUGGGAUGGACUGUGGGACCUCAGAUGCUUCAUCCUAAUUAUGGAAUAUCAAUGGAAGGGAUCCAAUUUGAACCAGAGAUCACAGAUCAUCGCUUAACCAGGAAGCCAAUUUCAAUAAGAAACAUCCCAAGAAAUCCAUUGGUUGAUGCUGUUGCUGCGCAUGACAGAAGCACGAUGCGCAAGGUUUCAGAACUUGCCCCCACAACUGAUAAGCCGAAUACCAAUGAUAGAAACUUAUGGCUAGAGCAGAUAAGGAACAAGACAUUUGACCUGAAACCUGUGGGUUCUGCUAAACCGGCAUCCAUGAGAGCCCCUGCUAGAGCCUCAUCUGGGAACCUGAGAGUUGCUGCAAUAAUAGAGAAAGCAAAUGCCAUACGCCAGGCAGUGGGAAGUGAUGACGAAGACGACGAUAAUUGGAGCGACACAUAGGGCACCCAUUAUGUUUGCCAUAUCGCCCUAUGGCAGAGGUGCCAAAUCAGCAAGAUCUUGGACAGGGUCUUUUGGUCUUAGGAUUGUUAGUCUUGUCUUUUGUAUAUAUAGUAUAUGCCCAAAUGUGUAUGUCCUUUUGCCGUUCUUCUCUGCAUUCUUUUUUGGCUUCAUUGUAUGUAUACUUGCCUCCCCCAGCAGCAAAGGCUGUUUGUUGGUGGUAACAUGUUCGUAGGAGACCACAUUCUCUGGUCUCAUGUAAAUUGUUAACCUUUGAUUGUAUUAUUAGCAUAGAAGAUUUAUUUAUCUUGAAAUGAAAACAUGGUUAGUCUACUGUGAUUA